AUAAGUGCCCUUAGAAGGAAAGCCUGUCAGACUGUAAACCUCUGCGUCCAGAGGGGCAGUAAAUCCUCAGUUCACAAAAGUUUGCGAUCAAAAGCACUUUUCUGCUCAGUGACAAGUUAAGAUGGAGCCUGUGGAGGAUGAUGGUGUAACUGGGGGUUGUUAGCCUGUUGAUUCUCGGGAUAAUCUCCACAAGUCCCCCCCCCACCCUCACCCAUUCACCAUAAGAGGAAUUUGGAGGUCGUGUGCCGGGGAGAAGUGGCCGCUGUGUGUGGCGGUGGAGGCGGGGAGGUGAACAGCGCACUCCGCGGCGGAUGACAGGGGCAUGGAGAUGUUGCGCCGCUCCUCUGUGUUUGCGGCCGAAGUGUUUGACCGAUCGCCCACCGACAAGGAGCUGGUGUCCCAGGCCAAGGCACUAUGCAGGGACUACAUCCAUUCCAGGCUGAACCGUGCCGGCAUAGGCUGGUCUAACCCUGAACACGGACUGUCAGCAUCAGGUGGAGCACUGGGAGAGAUAUCCUCGGUUCUGCUGUGGCUGGGCGAUGAGUUGGAGUACCUUCGACCCAACGUUUACCGCAAUGUAGCACGACAACUAAACAUCACAGUGGCAUCAGAGAGCGUGGUGUCUGAUGCCUUCCUGGCUGUAGCUGCAGACAUUUUCUCCACAGGUGUAACAUGGGGAAAGGUGGUGUCUUUGUACGCUGUGGCAGGGGCCUUGGCAGUGGACUGUGUACGCCAUGGUCAUCCAGCCAUGGUUCAUACCAUCGUCGACUGCAUGGGGGAGUUUGUCCGCAAGAGUCUGACGUCCUGGUUAAAAAGGAGAGGGGGCUGGGUGGAUGUCACAAAAUGUGUGGUGAACACUGAUCCCAGCUUCCGCUCUCACUGGCUGGUGACUGCUGCCUGUGCCUUUGGACACUAUCUGAAGGCCAUGGUGUUAUACCUCCUCAGGGAGAAGUGAGAGACAAAGUCACAGGCUGGACUCUUGGCAGACUGACCUACGCUGCACAACCACAGACAUCCACUCCACUAAAGCAUCCACUGCUUUGGAUUAUGUUUACACUCGUUUGCACUGAGCCUUCAUGGAUGAACACCUAUCUCUUCACAGACAAUGGACUUUCCUCGCUCCUUCUGUUUCCUCGUGUCUAUUUAUUAUUAAAGGUUAUACGAUAUAUUGGCACACAUUUGACGUGAAUGUAUAAAAUCAGCCACUGUUUGAGAUUUUAGCUUUUUAUUUUCCCACAAACAGCAGAGCUGACCAUUUGGAUGCCUGUUUGGCAGGGGUUUCGCUGCCCCUAGUUGUUGAAAAUGGUAACUACUCUAUUUUGGAACAUCAACUGAGAGUCCUGAGGCCGUUUACAAGGACUUGGUCUUACAAAAAUCUACAGGCCAACAGACUAGUGCAUGCUAGAUAAAUAGAAAAUAGCCUACAUCAUAUUCUCCUCAUACCAAGGGAUUGUAUGGAAAUUUUCAGGGGGACUGGGUUCAGAAAAAGGGGAGGGGUUUAUGUAUUUCUGUCUCUUUGUUGAAAGGAGGGUGGUCUUUUUCUCACUCUGGAUUUGGUUCAGUUUUACCAACAGUAAUCCUGUCUCUGUUUCAGGGUUUUAUUUUCCUUUUCACAAUAGCUAGUAUUUAGCAGGACCAACAAGUCAGUAUCAAGAAACACCUAUCUUUAAAGAAAUCCCCUAUGCCUACUAACAGUUGUUCUUUCACUUAUUCUGAACCACAGUAGAAAGGAAGAUAAAGCUAAAUGUGUCAUAAAAGGUCAAUCAGUAACAUAACUCAAGAGCAAAAUCACAUGUGGCCAUAUGUUCUACUAAUUGGUAAAGUGGGGUAACAUUUUACUGGGGUUCUGUUAGCUUAUUAAUGUGUGAAAUGAGGUACACUAUUUUAAAUCACUUGUGCUUUUCCUCUUUUAGUUGUACUAUUAGCUCAGGAUGGCUUUGGUUUUUUCACCUCCCCAGUCCUCCAACUACUACAAAAUGUAUUUCAGAUAGCGCUUUACAUUCAAUGCAGUUCUUGCUCUGUGUAUUCUUUGUUCACUGUGAGGCAGUGUGUGUUAUAUUGCUGUACUGUGAUAGCAGAAAUGCAAGUUACAGUAUGUUUUCUGAGUUAGAGCACUUUGAUAACAUUUCAGUUUAUGAGUAGAAUUUAUUCCAUGAAUAAUUUCACUUUUGUAUGGCAUGUAGCACUAGGUGACCUAGAAAAUAAGCAAAUGUUUGUGAGUCAUCUGCAACUGUAAAUGUUAGCAUUAAUAAAUGUUUCAACUAUCA